UCCAGUUUAUGAAAGAUAAAGGCUACAGCAGGGGAAAACAUCCAGCAUAAGCAUUAGGAGCCUUUCCUGCACAAUUUCUCUCAAGUUAUUGAGGACGGCAAUUUCUGCAUGGUUGCAGAUGACUGUUACAGUCUAGAUCCACCCAAACGAAAAGAAAAAAUAUCUUAGGGAGUCCAGACGAUCAAUGGAUGGCAGCAGGGAGCCAGGGACAAUGGUUCCAGAAGAUGGGCCUUGUUGCAGUAUAGGUGUACGCAACAUAUGUUACACGGUCAGUGAACGUGUUGGACCCUGGUGGGAUAUACAAUCAUAUUACAAAAAAUGGACAAGAACAAUAUUACGGGAUGUUUCCUUCUACAUGGAAAGCGGUCAGAUCAUGGCCAUUCUAGGAAACUCAGGUUCUGGGAAGACAACGCUUCUAGAUGCAAUAUCUGGAAGAAUAGGACACAAAGGAACGUUGCUCGGGGAGGUUUACUUGAAUGGGUCUCAGAUAAAGAAAGAACUCUUUCAGGACUGUUUCUCCUACGUCUUACAGCACGACAGCUUACUACCCCACCUGACUGUACGAGAAACGCUGACCUACACUGCCAUGCUGUCACUUCAGAAACACUCCAGCGAGGCAAUUAGGAAAAAGGUAGAUUCCGUCAUGGCUGAGUUGAGUCUGACCCAUGUUGCUGACACUGUAAUAGGAGGACGCCUUUUCAACGGCAUAUCAAGCGGUGAAAGGCGUCGGGUUUCUAUAGCAUCCCAGUUAAUUCAGGAUCCAAAAAUCAUUUUGCUUGAUGAACCAACUACUGGUUUGGAUUCAAUGACAGCAAAUCAUAUCGUUAUGCUGCUUUCCGAGCUGGCUCGUAAGGACAGAAUAGUAAUUAUUUCAAUUCACCAGCCGCGCUCAGAACUAUUCAAAAUAUUUGAUAAGAUUGCCAUCAUGAGCUGCGGAGAGCUUAUUUUCUGCGGUAACCCACAAGAAAUGAUCUCAUUCUUUGAUGAUUGUGGAUAUGAAUGUCCCCAACAUUCCAACCCAUUUGAUUUUUAUGUGGACCUUACAUCUGUCGACACACGAACUAAAGAGCGUGAAAUGGACACAUAUAACAGAGUUCACUCCAUUGUAUCUGUCUACAGAGACUCUGAAAAUUUUCAGGGUACCCUAGAGUCCAUCGAAUCAUCAAAGAAAUCCAAAGAGCAGAAAGUCAUUCCAUUAAAACGGAAAGAGACGCCAAGUGAAUUAUCAAAACUUGUGGUCUUAUUAAGGAGAACUGUAAGAAAUUUAUCUAGGAACAAGAUUGGAAUAAUUAUGCGACUUUCCCAGAAUUUUAUAUUUGCCGCUUUCAUCGUGUUUUUUCUCAUUCGAUUUAACAAUGAUGUGCUACAUGGUGCCGUGCAAGACCGCAUAGGGGUCAUUUAUCAAUGUCUUGGUGGAACCUCAUACACAGGGCUACUUAAUGCAGUUGCGUUAUUCCCAGCCCUACGGGCAAUCGGUGACCAGGAAAGCAAGGAUGGUUUAUACAAGAAGUGGCAAAUGCUGCUAGCUUACAUUAUACAUAUUUUGCCUUUCAGCAUUCUCAGUGUGGGCAUAUUUGGUGCUUUCGUAUAUUGGACUAUAGGACUAAAUCCAGAACCCAUAAGAUUUGGAGUUUUCCUUGCUGCAACUUUGGUUCCACAUAUUAUGGGUGAAUUACUAGCUCUUGCCGUUCUCGGUGUAGUGAACAACCCGAAUAUUGUCAAUGCAGGAGUGGCUCUGCUCAACAUUGCUGGGAUCCUUGUCGGAUCCGGCAUUUUAAGGAGUUUACAAGAAAUGCCCCAGGUUUUCCAAAUACUAAGCUACAUCACAUACCAGAGAUAUUCAUGUGAACUACUUGUUGUUAAUGAGUUCUACAAUUUGAAUUUCACUUGUGGUGGCACAAGCAACUCAUCUGAAGUAAAUGCACAAUGUCCGUUCACGAAAGGCAACGAUUUCAUUGAAAGCUCGUAUCCUGGAGCCACAACAAGAAUCACAUUUGACUUUCUCAUGCUCUAUGCCUUCGUCCCUGCAAUGAUCAUUGGAUGUCUAAUAAGUUUUAAAAUAAGAGACAUUUUGAUGCGCAGAUAGAGGAUUACACCCACACACGGCUGUGGUACUGCUGGCAAUAAUAUUUAUCAUGUUGAGGUGACUUCUAACUAGUAAGAAGCUUGAAUAAUAAAAUCUGCUUUUUAAUGUGCCAGAGCAACCACACUUCACCAAUAGUAUACUACUCUUACCCUUUUAGUAUUGUAAGAGUCUUAAUUAUUUUAUUUUAUUAACAGUUUCUUAUAUAGCGCAGCAACUGGACACAAUUAGAUGACAAAACUGGGUAAAAACAAACAGUCAUAGAGGGAGGAGGGCCCUGCUCGCAAGCUUACAAUCUACGGGAAAACAGGCAUUGAUACACAAGGAUAGGUGCUAUUUAUUGCAUAGUUGUCCACCAGAUUGUAAAGGUUCUUGGUGGGCUGCGUGAUAUCACAUCACAGCAGUGAUGAACCAGGGUCAGGAAGGAGGGAGAGUGAAGAAAGAAAAUAUGUGGGGGAUCUGUGGACUGUACUGUGGGAAUAUGGGGGGUCAUGCUGACCCGCUCGCUGCUGUUUUUCGCAGCCAAGCGAACAGGUCUCUACUGCGCAUGCGCCAUAGUGCAACGGCGCAUGCCAGACGGCCAAAGGCCGUUGCAGGGCUGCGAUCACCUCUGCCUGAUUGACAGGCAGAGGCGAUCACUGGGUGGGAGGAGGCGGAACGGCAGCGCUUGGCCGCCGUUUCGUAGACCGAACAGGGGUGGGCAGCAGCCGCUGUGGGCCGGGAAGCGAGGAGUAGCUCCCGGCCAGCACGCUAAAGCUGCGCUGGUCGGUAGCUACUUUUGAAGUGCAAAGGCAUCGUCGCUGUGCGAUGCCUUUGCAGUUCUGCGGGGGGGGGAGUGGCACUGACAUGCGGGGCGGACUAGCCCUGUGCUUGGCGUGCCCCCGCAUGUCAGGGAAGAGGAUCGUAGCUGUGCUAAAUUUAACACAGCUACGAUCAACUCGGAAUGACCCCCAGAAUUGGAUAGGAAAGCUAUGAAGAUAAUGUGAGCGGUUCUGGAAUUUAAUAAGCUUGUCUGAAUAGGUGGAUUUUCAGGGAACGCUUGAAGGUUCGAAGACUAGAGGAGAGUCUUAUUGUACGUGGUAGGGCAUUCCACAGAGUGGGUGCAGCCCGAAGAAAGUCCAGUAAUCGUGCAUGGGAGCAAGUAAUGAGUGUGGAUGAGAGAAGUAGCUCUUGUGAGGAGCGAAGGUUGGGAAAUAUUUUGAGAUAAGCGAAGAGAUGUAUGUUGGUGUAGUAUGGUUAAUAGCCUUGUGCGUAAGUAACAGUAUUUUAUAUUGAAUACGGUAAAAUGAAGGUAGCCAAUGGAGGGACUGACAUAGUGGGUCUGCAGAUUAUGAACAUCUAGCGAGUAAUAUUAGCCUUGCAGCUGCAUUCAGAAUAGAUUGUAAAGGUGAGAGUCUCUACUUAGUUAGACCAGUAAGAAGACUAUUGCAAUAAUCAAUGUGGGAAGUAAUGAGAUCAUGUAUUAGGGUUUUAGCAGUGUCUUGUGUAAGGUAUGAUCGUAUUUUGGAUAUGUUUCUUAGAUGCAUGUAACAUGAUUUUGAGACAGAUUGAAUGUGUGGAGCAAAGGACAGUUCUGAGUCAAGUAUGACACCUAGGCAGCAAGCUUGUGGUGUAGGGUUGAUUGUAGAGUUCUCAACAAUGCACACUCUAGUAGAUUUUCACCCCACAUUUUUUUUUAGAGCAUGAACCUUUAGCCUUCCUUCAGAGCACUUGUCUACGAACAGUAGAUGCAGGCAUUUUGUGUGCUGCACUAAUAAUCAUGGGACUGCAGCCUAUCACAUCACUAGGAACCAGUGACAUCACUGAGUCAACUCAAGGUCAGUACUCAGAAGCAUGGCUAAUAUUUCUGACUCUGAGACAGGAGUAUUAGUCAA